AUGGCGGUCUUCCGCUCAGGCAUUCGGUGGGCGGACAUGUCCACUGAAUCAUUCAGCCGCAGCAAAACCGCCCCCGGAAGCACUGCACAGGCUGCACUUUUAUUGCAAGCUGAACAGGCAGAGCAAUCUUAUGCCGCAGACGAGGUUGCAGCUCUUCCUGAGUUCGAAAAUAGCCAGGCGGGGAUGAAUCAGUAUUUUCUCGAGGCAGCUGCUCUAGGUGGCGAGGAUUCCAGCAAAAACGGAAACGCUGCUGGCCAUGGUGCCGGGCAUGUAGCGGCUGCAUGCUCAUCAGACAAAUCGCCUUCUAGCAAACCAAGUCAUGACGAGGAUGACGGCCCCGCUGCGAAGAUGCCUGGGUUCAGGGGUUUGUUGGUGAGCGCUCCAAAUGAUGGGGCUAGCGCAGGCGCGAGCGAUGAUGCUUCAAAUGCUGGCAGACGCGAGCGGAGUGGGGCUUGCAAGAUAAGUGAAGCAGCAACGCUCACGCCAGCGAAAAGGAAUAGAAGGGCAUCUGGAGCUCCUGAUGGGGUUCCGAAUGCAGUUGUGCAGAACUCGGAGGCUCCCGCACAAGAUGGGUCUGCAUCAGCUGCUGCUCAAGAGGCGGUAUCUCAGCGCCUCCCUCAGAGCAAAAGACGCAGAUCUACUUUUUCUCGCCGGUCUGCAGAUUGUCAUUUCCCUGAACGAGUCGCCAGUCUUGAGUCAUCAGUCAUUUCUCACGGGCAACAGGGGAUACGCCGUAGCGCGAAGGGGAGUGAUCGGCACCGAUCAGGCGGGACGCGCAGAGCUUCUGAGGGCCCGUCCAAUGCAGGUCUGCUGCUGCAGAUGGGGGCUCCCGCCUUCCUGCAACUGCCAGGUCUUGUGUCUCCUAUGUUCAUGCCAGUUGGAUUGCCCCCAGGGACGGCUGCCCCUCUGCCUGGUCUUCUCCAUCCACAAGCAGUUAAGAAACAGCAAGCGAUGGCCAACAGCAGCAAGGAGCAGCAGGAGCAGGAGGAUGAGGAAGAGUGGCAUCGGCGUGAAUGCGCCAGAAUGAAGGAUAUAGCUAUCGGUAAGGCUACUGCAGGCUAUCGCAACUUCCUCAAGCGGGUGGGAACGGAGCGGCGCUCAGAAGGAGAUCCGAUGACGCCAGAUGCAAAACUACGAUGCAGCAAAGCCCAAUUUCAGCGCGCUUACCAGAAAUGGAGGAAGCAGCUGCACCAGUAUGACACCGUUGAGGACGAAUCUACUGUUGGCACGCCGUCACCAGCCGAAGCGCAACCUCCAGCCACGGCGGUGGCAAAGGCAGAAAGUGGAAUUGAUGGUUCACCAAAGGAUACAUCUGAUCAGCAGGACUUGGAGGCGAUCAUGGCAUUCAACAAGGAAUGCGAGCUAGCAGGGUUGUAG